AUGUUCUCAAAUUCUGUGAUACUCGGCCGACGUCUUCUGAAAGUGACACCUCAACUGAAUGCAGUUCGAACGAAGUAUUUGACGGCUGAUGGGAAGCCGAGAGAUCAACUAACAAUGAGAAAUGUCGAUAUUAUUGUGGAUCCGAAUGAGAAUUUGAUUGAUGAGUUCAUGAAUGGAUACGGGAAAGAGCGUCUUAACUUCGAGAGAAGCGACAUCGACAUGUGGAAGAAAUGCUUCAAAGACGACUAUUCACUGGUGUUCGUAUCUCCAAAAGGAAGCAAUAAAAUUAUUCAAACAGUUCAUCAUAUCAAUUAUCAUCCGAUUCCUUCUAACAAUGACACAGCACAUCAAUACGACGGAUUCAUGUGGAUUCACCCUGAUUAUCGUGGACCUGACAGUAUGAGAAUGUUGGAGUACGUAGUGAAAGAGAGGCUGCGUUGUGUGACAGAUAGUUUGGUGGUUCAAGCAUUUCCACAGUCGAUGAACUUCUGGAAACAAAUGUCUGGACAUAAGAAAUACGGACAUAUUCAAUAUGUUUCGUAUUACAAAAUGGAUGAGAUGAAAGUUCCGGAAAAUUUGGAUACAGAUGGAAUAUUGAUAAAGAAUGCGAUGGAUGUUCCAGAUGAGGACAUUGUCAAGUAUGAUCAGGAGGUGUUCCCAUACGAGAGAUCAAAAUAUGUUCUGACACUUCUCAGAAAGAAAAAUGGGUUUGGAAAGGUAGCGUACGACGAGAAUGGAAAAGUGAUAGGAUUCGGGACAGUGAUAAUCUAUCCAUCUGGUGAAUGUGUUCUCUCUCCAUUGUAUGCAGAUGAUAAACGUAUUGCUCAGGCAAUAUUCAAGGGUAUUCUGGAACAGAUUCCCCUCAACGAUAAGAGACUUCUCCGGUUCCAUGUCAGAUCAGUUGAUAAGUGUCAAGGCGGAUUCGAAUGGAUCCAACCAUUCGUGAAGUAUCCGAUCCGAAAAGAUCUCGCUGCAUACUUGUGCUACACUACUCAUCUUCCAGUCAUCAACUACAAGAAGGCAUUUGUCAAUUUUCCGUAUACAAAUUGUGCUAUUUGA